AUGUCUAUAUCAAAGUAUUUUACACCGGUAUCCGAUGCAUCUGUCACAUUUGAUAAUUGUGAUAUUAAAUUAGAUACUACAACAAUAUCAAAAGAAAAUGGCACAUUUUCAAAUACUCAAAUUAAUGAUGUCACUUUUAGAGCUGAAGGUGGUGAAAUGAUUUUAGUACUCGGUAAUCCAACAUCUGCUUUCUUUAAAACUUUAUUUCAUGGUCAUAAAGAUUUAAAUUAUUCUCCAACUGGUUCAGCAAGAUUCAAAGAUAACGAUUUUAAACAAUUUUCAAUUAAAUGCCCACAUCAAAUUGUUUAUAAUAAUGAACAAGAUAUUCAUUUCCCAUUCUUAACCGUUGAACAAACAAUUGAUUUUGCAUUAAGUUGUAAAUUUGAUUUACCAAAAUCUGAAAGAGAUUCAAUUAGAGAUGAAUUACUGAAAGAAUUCGGUUUAUCUCAUGUAUUAAAGACAAUUGUUGGUAAUGAUUUCUUUAGAGGUGUCUCUGGUGGUGAACGUAAACGUAUCUCCAUUAUUGAAACAUUUAUUGCUAAUGGUUCAGUUUAUUUAUGGGAUAAUUCCACUAAAGGUUUAGAUUCUUCAACUGCUUUGGAUUUCUUAUCUAUUUUACAAAAUAUGACUAGAGCAACAAAUUCCGUUAAUUUUGUUAAAAUUUCUCAAGCUUCUGAUAAAAUUGUUCAUAAAUUUGAUAAAAUUUUAAUGUUCACUGAUUCUUAUCAAGUCUUUUAUGGUACUAUAGAUGAAUGUAUGACAUAUUUUUCAAGAGAUUUAGGUAUUCCAAAAAAUCCAAAUGAUUGCAUUAUUGAAUAUUUGACAUCAAUUUUAAAUUUUCAAUUUAAAAAUAAUAAAUUAAAUUCUUUUAAUAAUACCGAAGUUUCAGACUCUUCAAGUGAUUUAAAAGCUAAGACAGAUAUUGAAAUCACUAACGUUUCAUCUCCAAGUACUAAUAUUAGAAAUGAAUUUGAUUUACAUAGAUAUUGGAUUAGUUCUUCAAUUUAUGAAAAUUUAAAACGUAUUACUUCAUCAGUUACAUCUAAUGAAACUCAUUUAAAUGAUGUUAAUCCAGACGAUAUUACAACCGCUAGAAAUAUUCCAUUAACUAGACAAAUUCAUUUAGUCACCAAGAGAGCUUUCCAAAGAAGUUUAGGUGAUAAAAUUUAUCUUUCUGCUCAGUUAAUGUCUGUUAUUAUUCAAUCUUUAGUUAUCGGAUCUCUAUUCUAUGAGAUUCCUUUAAAUACAAUCGGUUCUUAUUCUAGAGGUUCUUUAACCUUCUUCUCUUUAUUGUUUUUCACUUUCCUUUCUUUGGCUGAAAUGCCAGCUGCAUUCCAAAGACAACCUGUCAUUGGCAAACAAACUCAAUUACAUUUUUACUAUAGUUGGGUUGAAGUCCUGGCUACUACAACUUUUGAUUAUUGUUAUAAAUUGUUAUUGGUUAUCGUUUUCAGUAUUUUAUUAUAUUUCUUAGCUCAUUUACAAUUUAAUGGUGCAAGAUAUUUUAUCUUUUUAUUGUUCUUAUCCAUUUACAACUUUAGUAUGGUCUCUUUAUUCUCUUUAACUGCAUUAAUGACGCCAACUUUAUCAAUCGCUAAUCUUUUCGCUGGUAUAUUAUUAUUAGCUAUUGCAAUGUACGCUUCUUAUGUUAUUUAUUUGGCUAAUAUGCAUCCAUGGUUUGUUUGGAUCGCUUACUUAAAUCCUGCUAGAUACGCUAUGGAGACAAUUCUUUCCAAUGAAUUAUUUAAUUUGAAAUUAGAUUGUAAAGACACUAUUGUUCCAAGAGGUGAUACUUAUACUAAUGUUUCUUUCUCAAACAAAGCUUGUGCUUGGAGAGGUGCUACUUUAGGUAAUGAUUAUGUCAGAGGUAGAGAUUAUCUGGAUCAAGGUUUAGAAUACACUUACUCACAUACUUGGAGAAAUUUCGGUAUCUUAAUUGCUUUCUUAGUGUUUUUCUUAGGUUGUACUUUAUUUGCAGCUCAAUAUGUUAAACCUCUAUAUCAAGAUGGCCAUUGGAAGAAAGUAUUAACUAGACAUUUCCCAUUCAUUGCAAGACACGCUAAUGUAUUAAUCGAUGAAACUGAUCCUGAUAAAGAUAUUGUUGCCGCUGGGGAUUUAUACUAUGAUAAUCCAUCUGAUUUUUCAAAUGGUGCCGGUAAAGAAACUAAUUCCUUUGAUAUUAAAUCUGCUUCUGCUUCUGAAAGUGGAUUAUCUGAACGUGUAGAGACUCAAAGUCAUAUCAUUUCAUGGAAAAAUAUUAAUUACACUGUUGAAGGUGAUAAACAAUUAAUCAAUAAUGUCUCUGGUUAUAUAUCUUCUGGUUUAACUGCUUUAAUGGGUGAAUCGGGUGCUGGUAAGACUACUCUACUGAAUGUUUUGUCUCAAAGAACUGAAAGUGGUGUGGUUGAAGGUGAUAUUUUAAUCGAUGGUAAACCUUUAACUGAUAUUGAUUCAUUCAGAAGAAGUAUUGGUUUUGUUCAACAACAAGAUUUACAUUUAGAAAAAUUAACAGUCUAUGAAUCCUUAGAAAUAUCAUGUCUUUUAAGAGGUGAUGGUGAUAAAGCUUAUAUUAACACUAUAUCUGAUUUGCUAAAAUUACCAUUGAACAAAUUGGUUGCUACUUUAACUCCAACUCAAAAGAAAUUACUAUCUAUUGGUGUCGAAUUGGUUACUAAACCAUCUCUAUUGUUAUUCCUUGAUGAACCUACUUCUGGUUUAGACGCUGAAGCUGCUUUAACUAUUGUUCAAUUUUUAAAGAAAUUAUCCAUGCAAGGUCAAGCUAUUUUCUGUACUAUCCAUCAACCUUCUAAGAGUGUCAUUAGCUAUUUCGAUAAUAUCUUUUUACUAAAGAGAGGUGGUGAAUGUGUUUAUUUUGGUCCAACUGAUGAAGCUUGUGAUUAUUUCACUAAAAAUGAUAAAUCUUUAACUUACGAAUCUGAAAACGAAAACCCAGCUGAUUUCAUUAUUGAUGUCGUUGGUAGUAACGAUGGUAACUCAAAUGAAGAAAAACAUGAUGUUAAAACUGAACCAAGUAAAUGGUCUAAAGUCUGGAACAAUUCAAAUGAAAGAACUCAAGUUGAACAAAUGCAAACAAAACUUGAAGAAGAAGCUAUUAUGUCUGGUGUAGAUUUUACUCAAAAUGUUUGGAAACAACCAAGUUACAUGGAACAAUUGAUGGUCAUCUCAAGAAGACAAUACACAGUUACUGCUAGAGACAAGACCUAUGUUGCUGCUAAGUAUUUAUUAAAUGCUGGUGCCGGUUUAUUCAUUGGGUUCUCUUUCUGGAAUAUCAAAACAAAUAUUAGUGGUCUACAAGAUACCAUUUUCUUCUGUUUCAUGGCAUUGUGUGUCUCUUCUCCAUUGAUUAAUCAAGUUCAAGAUAAAGCUCUUCAAAGUAAAGAAGUGUAUGUUGCUAGAGAAGCUAGAUCAAAUACUUUCCACUGGUCCAUUCUUCUAUUGGCUCAAUUGAUUGUUGAACUUCCUUUGGCUAUCACAAGUUCUAGUUUAUUCUACGUCUGUGCGUUCUUCUGUUGUAAGUUUGAUAAUUCUCCUCAUAUUGCUGGUGUUUGGUAUUUCAAUUACAUUUUAUUUGCUGCCUAUUAUCUUACUUUUGGUUUAUGGUUAAUCUUUACUGCACCAAAUUUACAAACUGCUGCCGUUUUCGUUGCUUUCUUUUACAGUUUCACAGCAUCCUUCUGUGGUGUUAUGCAACCUUACAGUAUGUUCCCUGGUUUCUGGAAGUUCAUGUACAGAGUUUCUCCUUACACGUAUUUCAUUGAUACAUUCGUCAGUUUACUAUUACACGACAGAGCAGUUGUUUGUGAUAACAUGGAAUUAGUCCCUGGCCAACCUACUACCGGUCUAACCUGUGGUCAAUUUAUGAAAGCCUACAUUGAUGAAUAUGGUGGUUAUUUGAAGAAUGCUAAUACCAUGACUGUUUGUGGGUACUGUACUUACACCGUCGGUGAUGAUUUCUUAGCAGUUGAAGGUAUGAGUUACAGUAACAGAUGGAGAAACUUUGGUAUCGAAUGUGCUUUUGUUGCCUUCAACAUUUUUGGUAUGUUUGCCGGUUACUACCUAACGUAUCUAUCCAAUUUCUGGCCUCUACUUUUCAAAUAUAUCAAGAUGGCUCUUCCUUCAAGAAGGAUGUUCCAAAGAAAAUAA